CAUAGUAUGCUCUAAAAAUGGCGAUUUCUGUUCUUACAUGUUUACAAACAUCAAUUAUGUCUAAAGGAUGAUUUUUAUUCAUUUUGUAUUGUUUUAAUAUUCUCAAUAAUCAUUGUAUUAUAUUUCACCUACAUUACUAAUUGAGACAUAAGCACAAAAAUGGAUCCCGAGUUCCUUGCAAAAUUAAUUCCUCAAAAUAAAGAGCAAGCUAGACCAGCUUGUAAAAAGUGUGGCUAUGCAGGACACCUCACAUAUCAAUGUAGAAAUUUUAUUAAAGUAGAUCCAAAUAAAGAAAUUGUUUUAGAUGUUAGUAGCACGAGUUCAGAUAGUGAUGAAAAUUAUACAACACCUUUAACUGAAUUGAGAGAAAAAGAAUUAAAAACAAAAUUAUUAGAAGCUAAGAAAAAGGGUAAAGAAAAACAUAAAAAGAAAAAGAAAUCUAAAUCCAAAUCUCGUGAUAAAUCAGUGAGUAAACAUUCGGAUUCAUCGGAUUGUGAAUCGUCUGAUUCUGAAGAUGAAAAAGAUAAAAAGAAGAAACAAAAAAAGCGUAAAAAAAAAUCGAAGCAUAAAAAAGAAAAGAAACGGCGAAAAUCACAUUCAAAAAGCUCAGAUUGAAGACAUGAAUUCGAUUGUAAAUUUUUAUUAUUAAAACUUAAAAUAAUAGUGAAGUUACUUUUUUAUAGAUCAAUAAAAACAAUUUAAUCAAUGACUCAUGUAUCAUAGAAUUCAGACUGUAAAUAUCUUAUUAAUUCAUUUUAAAUGUACAUGCAAAGUUAUAUUUUUAUAAUAAUGUAAACUUACUUAAUUUAAUUGACUCCAAAAUA